AUGGCCAUCCCUCUUGCCAGAUUAUCCUCUGACCAUAUUCCUAUACAAGUGAAAAUAGGAAGCUCUAUCCCCAAGGCUAAUAUCUUUCGCUUUGAAGAUUAUUGGUUAGAUCUUGAUGGUUUCUCUGAUGUGGUUACAGCAAAUUGGUACAAUAAAGGCUUUUAUAGAAACCCAGCACAGGAUGUUGCAGCUAGAUUCAAAAAUCUAAGACACGCCCUCAAGAAAUGGAGUAAAAAUAUCUCCCAGCUAAGCAAAGUUAUUCACAACUGUUGUUAUGUUACUGCUGUAUUGGAUGGGUUGGAGGAUCAGAGAGCUCUAUCUGUUAUUGAAAGGAACUUCAGAAAUGCACUCAAGAAACACACUCUGAAUCUUUUGGAAGCAAAAAGGAAAUACUGGAGGAAAAGAGCAAAUAUUAAAUGGGCAAAACUUGGUGAUGAAAACACCAAAUUCUUUCAUGCUAUUGCUACUAGGAAUUAUAGGCACAACUACAUUGCCAGUUUAAUUGCCGAGGAUGGAAGAAUAGUUACUGAACAUGAGCAAAAGGCUGCACUACUUUGGCAUGCUUACAAAGAUAGACUGGGCACAUCUGAAAAUCUUACUGUCCUUUUUCAGCUUACUGAGCAUAUGGCAAAUAAUGAGCUGCUUGAGUUGGAAACACCUUUCUCUCAUCAAGAAAUUGAUGAUAUUAUUAAGAAUAUGCCAAAUGAUAAGUCGCCAGGACCUGAUGGAUUUAAUGGGUUGCAAAAAGUAAUCAUUCCUCUUUUACACAAGAACCAGUAUGGAUUUAUAAAAAGCAGGAAUAUACAGGAUUGUCUUGCAUGGGCUUUUGAAUAUCUGGAUAUUUGCCAUAAAUCAAAAAAGGAGAUUGUCAUACUCAAAAUUGACUUUGAGAAGGCGUUUGAUAAAGUAGAGUUCAAUACAAUUCUCUACAUGCUGAAAUACUUGGGUUUUGGUGAUAAAUUCAUUGGAUGGAUUAAGCAUAUUCUUGAAAGUGCAACUACCUCUAUUAUUCUUAAUGGAGUUCCUGGAAAAGUUAUUAAAUGCAAGAGGGGUGUGCGACAGGGUGAUCCACUUUCACCCAUCUUAUUUGUGCUUGCUGCAGAAUUAUUGCAAAUUGUUAUUAACAAGGCAUGGGAGGAUGGUGAUAUUGCUCUGCCUAUUGAUAGAUCUUAUGAACAAAAGUACCCUGUAUUACAAUAUGCAGAUGAUACUUUAAUUGUUUUCCCUGCUGAUCCUGACCAGUUACUCAAGCUCAAAGAGAUUCUGGAGAGAUUUUCAAACUCUACAGGCCUUCGAAUUAAUUAUCACAAAACAUCUAUGGUGCCUAUUAAUAUCUCUUCUGAUAGAUGCAAAGAACUUGCAGACUUAUUUCAAUGCAAAGCUGAAAGCCUGCCUUUUACUUAUCUUGGGUUGCCUAUGGGUACUUCUAGACCAAAGAUUGAAAAUCUUGUUUACAUUGCUCAUCGAGUUGACAAGAGGCUUGCUGAGAAAGAUAUAUGGGGAUUCCAAUGGGGGGAUUUCUUCUCUGCGAAAAAAGUAUAUGAAGCUAUUUUGAAUCCACCUGAGGCAGCUAAUGAUCUAUAUGAGGACAUGAUCCAUUUGUUCUUCCAGUGUGACUUUAGUCAGACUUUCUGGUGGAGGUUGGGAAUGGAAUGGGACACUGAUCUCUCGCUACUUGAUAUGCUCAUAGAUGGAUAG